GUGUCUUGACAGAGUGGCUCCCCUCCUGCCUGGAGCAGGGGUGCGAAAGGAGCUGCCACGGAAAACGCUGUUCCCAUGUCUUUUCGUACGCUUGGAAUUGGACUCCAGACUCGGCGCUGGGAUGCUUGCUUUUGCCUUGUCCAAAUUUCUCAGCACAUAUAUUGACGAUUGGAUUCUUGGGCCAAUCAAGAAUCAAGUUCAGAGUGGUCCUCUUGGACUCUUCAUCCCAGACUCCACAUCUAAUUGGGUCUAGAAGACAGGAGUCUCUGGUUCUAAUUAGUUGAUCUCCAUUCUGGAAUUCAACUUGACAGAGCCCACUUGACUGUUACUUGGACUGCAGUGGCUACAGGUUUUGUUGGGGUGGGUGGAGUGGUGCUGUGAACACCAGACCACAACACUCAGAACCUCCACAAUGGACAGAGUUUAUGAAAUUCCUGAGGAGCCAAAUGUAGAUCCAGUUUCAUCUCUGGAGGAAGAUGUCAUCCGUGGGGCCAACCCUCGAUUUACCUUUCCAUUUGGUAUCCUGUUCUCCACCUUUUUGUACUGUGGGGAGGCUGCAUCUGCCUUAUACAUGGUUAGAAUCUAUCGAAAGAAUAAUGAAACCUUCUGGAUGACAUACACCUUUUCCUUCUUUAUGUUUUCAUCCAUUAUGGUCCAGUUGACCCUCAUUUUUGUCCACAGAGAUCUGGCCAAAGACAAACCACUGUCAUUAUUUAUGCAUCUAAUCCUCUUGGGACCUGUUAUCAGGUGUUUGGAGGCCAUGAUUAAGUACCUCACACUGUGGAAGAAAGAGGGGCAGGAGGAGCCCUAUGUCAGCCUCACCAGAAAGAAGAUGCUAAUAGAUGGCGAGGAGGUGCUGAUAGAAUGGGAGGUGGGCCACUCCAUCCGGACCCUGGCUAUGCAUCGCAAUGCCUACAAACGUAUGUCACAGAUCCAAGCCUUCCUGGGCUCAGUGCCCCAGCUGACCUAUCAGCUCUAUGUGACCCUGAUCUCUGCAGAGGUCCCCCUGGGUAGAGCUGUGCUAAUGGUCUUUUCCCUGAUGUCUGUAACCUAUGGGGCUACCCUCUGCAAUAUGUUGGCUAUCCAGAUCAAGUAUGAUGACUACAAGAUUCGCCUUGGGCCACUAGAAGUCCUUUGCAUCACCAUCUGGAGGACAUUGGAGAUCACUUCCCGCCUCAUGAUUCUGGUGCUCUUCUCGGCCACCUUGAAGUUGAAGGCUGUGCCCUUCUUAGUGCUCAACUUCUUGAUCAUCCUUUUUGAGCCUUGGGUUAGGUUCUGGAGGAGUGGUGCCCAGAUGCCCAAUAAUAUUGAGAAAAAUUUCAGCCGUGUUGGCACCCUGGUGGUGCUGAUUUCAGUCACCAUCCUCUAUGCUGGCAUUAACUUCUCUUGCUGGUCAGCUUUGCAGUUGAGGUUGGCAGACAGAGAUCUUGUUGACAAAGGUCAAAACUGGGGACAUAUGGGCCUGCACUAUAGUGCGAGGUUGGUAGAGAAUGUGGUCAUGGUCUUGGUUUUUAAGUUUUGGGGAGUCAAAGUGUUGCUGAAUUACUGUCAUUCCUUGAUUGCCCUGCAGCUUAUUAUUGCUUAUCUGAUUUCCAUUGGUUUUAUGCUACUUUUCUUCCAGUACUUGCACCCAUUGCGCUCACUCUUCACCCAUAACGUAGUAGACUACCUCCACUGUGUCUGCUGCCAUCAGCACCAUCACCGAAGGGCUGAGAACUCAGAGCCAAGCUUUGAGGCUGAAACAAGACAAAGCAUUGUCUGAUUCUAUCUUCUGGGAAUCAUGGGAUGGUUUGGGGGUUGCCAAUAUCAACUCUGAAAUUGAAGGAGAGGGUGAGGCUCAUGGAUGAGUACUCAACAGAACAUUUUCUUGAGUAUUCUGGUAAGUCUAUCAGAAGAGUGACCCCCAAAUAGGUUUUACUUCUUGGAGAUUUACUGCUAUGUUUGGAAACCAGGAGUGGAAUAGUCAGAAAUAUUGUCCACACCCCUUCUACCCAGAUCAGUUGAGAUAACUGACCUCUAAGCACCUUAGGCUCUCUGUGACUUUGCAGGUCUGCUUGUUUGCUUGGGGCAAAAGAGUUUGCCCAAAAGGUGCUGAAGACUCAGAAUCUCACUAGAAUAUAUCCUGCUGAACAGAUUAUGUGGCAGCUUACUAGCUAUGGAUUCCUCUCAGGAAACCCUCUGACUAUUGUGGAACCUACAGAUAUGAAUGUGACUAGAAUCUUUUAACUCCAAUGAGAAGCUCUGACCAAGAAGAAAAGCCCUACCGUUAAAAGUGCUGCUCCCCCGAUGUAUUAGAUCUCUAUUAGGAUUUUACUAAUGGCCAUUCACAGGUCAUUUGAAGUGGCCUUUCAUAGGUAUACCUUGAGGAGGGAGUGCAGGGUAGGGUUCCUUCAGGAUGUAAGCCAGAAUGACUCUUUUCUCAGGAACCUGCUUGGGCAUCCAGUUUGUCAAGUGGAAUGGUUGAGUGAAAUCUCUUACUUAUUGCCUCAUUAACAGGGAUUCCCUCUAACCCAGCUUUUCUGUGCUCUUGUCAUUUUACUAUUUGAUGUAGGCCUCAGGGAAUCUGAAAUGUAAUUGAAACUGUUUCUCUAUAUGAAAGAAAUGAAGACUUCUUUGUGUC